AUAAAAAGGUUUUGCUAUGUUUUGUCGGCGCUUAAUUCAGCCUAGAUCCAGUCGCGACGUCAAGGUCCUCCAGUCGCGCCCUCGCUCACGCCACGCCCCCUUUAUAUUUCAGCAUUAUUUUGGCGCCAAAAAGUAACGUACGAAGCUCGGACGUAAUUGUUCACGUGGACUGUCGUUUAUAAAAGCGUCAGCUUUGUUAAAUUAAAACGAGCGUCGACGCCUCCAUGUCAAACAUCCGGUCCUUGGACUGUGAAUUCUCUUCUCCCUACACUCAGACACCCAAGAGGCCUAAACCUCAGUGUUUGGUUGCUUCAUUGGAAGAAUCAACCUCAAUCUAACUAAAGUGGGGCUGUCCAAAGAUGAAGUGCACUUCCGUCAGCACAUGGAAAACGAGAUGGCGCACUACGUAUGCGACUGCUGGGACGCUGAUUUCCAAAAUAUUCUUUGGCUGGCUAGAUAUAGUCGCCGUUCUGACUGAUCCUGCUAUGACCUCCAGUGUCACUCCAGAGCCACCAAGGUCCCUCUAGUGAAGCCCCUGGAGGAACCCAUAUCCUUCUAUUCUCCCAGUCCUACAACCAAACUAUGGUCUAAUUAUAGCCCUCUUUUUGAGUAUUAUAUUUAAGAAUAUAUAAAUCUCAAUGUAAUGUGGUGAUGUUGUGUUUAUUUCUGUAGGGAGUUCAGCUUUCAAACACACGGCAGGACAGUUAAAAUGAAAAAAGAUGUGGUUGGUUUCCAGAAAAUGUUGCAUUUAUUUCAGCUUCCCUGCCACUGUAGCUCCAUACAAAUGUUCCUUCACUGGGGAAACGAAACCAGGGGUUUAUGCCAUUUGUCCACCAGUUAUGGGCCCACAACUGCUGCGUUCAAGGAGCCUCCAGAGCGCCCCCUGUCUGUCACCAUGGGGAUCAAAGCUGCUCUUCCCAAAUAUGAGAUCUAUUUCUACAACACAGUGCUGUGUCUGGCCAUGUUCUGGGCUGCCAGCUGGAUCUUUGAGGUGUCCAGUUCAAGUGCAAACAGAAAGACGUUCAAAACCAGUGUGAAGCCAGGAUGGUACUACUUUGGGAGGAGAAUGGACACGGCCGAUGUGGAGUGGAUGAUGUGGUUUUCUACCUUCAGAGAGCACAUCUUGUUUGCUCUCUCUGGUCAUGUGCUGUUCGCUAAGAUCUGCUCCAUGCUGGCUCCUCAGUACAGGUCCUUGGUGUAUAUGGUGUAUGGGCUGCUGUCUGUGUGGACCAGUAUGGGCUGGACCUACAUCACCCUCAUCCUGUCCCACUGUAUCCUGCUCUACAGCAUCUCCUUAGUGAAAAUCCGCUGGCUUUGCUUUGUCACUGGUCUUUGCACCCUCGCUACAUUCAAGUGUGAACCCUUCGUGUCCUGGCAGGCUGGUUUUGUGGAGGGGGACUUUGAUCUGCGGCAUGUUCUCUUCUAUGGAGGCUGUGGGUUUACUAUAAUGCGCUGUAUGAGCUUUGCUCUGGAGAACUGCGAGAAGAAAGAUGGAAACUACAACAUCCUGGAGCUGAUCAAGUACAACUUCUACCUCCCCUUCUUCUAUUUCGGGCCCAUCAUGACCUUUGAUAAGUUUUAUAUUCAAGUCAACAGGUUAGACCUGACCAGGAAAGAGGGGGAGAUGUGGAAUAUCAGUCUGCACGGCAUGACUCACCUGGGAGUCGUCAUUAUAGUGGACGUCCUCUUCCAUUUCAUGUACAUCCUCACCAUCCCCACAGACAUGAAGCUGCUGAAGCACCUCUCGGACUGGGCUCUAGUGGGCCUAGCUUACUUUAACCUGGUGUAUGACUGGGUAAAAGCAGCUGUUAUGUUUGGAGUCAUCAACACAGUGGCCAGACUGGACCAUCUGGACCCUCCCAAGCCACCAAAAUGCAUCACUUUGCUCUACGUGUUUGCUGAAACCCAUUUUGACAGAGGGAUCAACGAGUGGCUAUGCAAGUAUGUGUACAAUUACCUGGGUGGAAAACAUGAGAAUGUGGUGGAGGAGCUGGUUGCUACGCUGUGCACCUUCGGCGUCACCAUCCUCUGGCUAGGACCCUGCAAGGUGGUGCUGGUCUGGGCUUUCUUUAACUGUUUUGGCCUCAACUUUGAGCUGUGGGUCGCCAAGCUCUUCUCCAUGGAGCCUUUUGCUUCUUUUGAGAUGGCAAUGUCAGAAGCAACGUCCAGACGGAUCAGAGCCGUCUUCAAUACUUUCAACUUCUGGAGCAUUGUGUUGUACAACAUCCUGGCCUUGAACAGUUUGGACUUUGCCAAGUUAGUCGCCAAACGGCUGCUUCUCAAAGGCUUCCCUAUAACCACCACCAUUGUCAUGUUUGUGACCUACUGCCUGAUUCAAGUGAUUAAGGAGAGAGAGAGGAGGCAGGCCCUCAUUGAUGAUCCUGAUCCUCUUCCUCCCGCUCCUCCUCCGAACACCAUCACCGGCCCAACCAGCGCUGCAGCUGCGCCUGCUGCUGCUCAGCCUGUCACAGAUCCCAGCAAGGAAAAAGCUGAGUAGAUAUUUCAUUCUAAUAGUGAAUGAUAUAGAAUAUAGCCAACAGUAUUGUCACCAGUCCAGAUUGUCUCAUGUGAAUUGUGAACAAAUGUUUGCUAUCUGUUAAUGUAGAAAACUGUAAAUAAAUUAACCAUCAUAUAACUGUGUUUAUAUCUAAAAGGGGAAAAAAUUGAGCUUAAUGAAAGACACUCAAACGUCUGAAGAUAAUGAAAAUGACAAUACAAAGUAUUCUGUGUAACAACACUCCAGGGAUGCCAUUUUUCUGAAACCUUUGUCAUUAAUGCAAAAAAUAAAUUGCAAAAUUUGUUCAAAGCA